UGCUGUUGUUACCUGAUGAAGUCGUUGGCGGAAAGGGCACCUGGAUGAUGGCUGGGAUGCUGCUACCAAUGCCAACGCAUUUCCUUAAUCACAUGUAAGGAUGUAACCCUACAUCUUUGCCGCGUACAUAUGUCGUACAUUUCUUCACGCUGUACAUUGAACAGGUCAUGCAGCUAACACUACGCACCUGGGGCAACUACCUGGGCAAUAUAGUGGACUUCAUCUCCUUCGCGCUCGUUUUCGUACUUCUCGGCAUGGUGUGCGCGUCGUACCGGUACGACGUCAUCCUGGCAGUUGGAGCGGUUGAGAUGCUGUUGCUGUUCAUCCGACUGGUGUUCUUCGCCUCCAUGACCGACUCCAUGGGCGGUUUGGUGCGCAUGGUUGUCUCGAUCAUCAAGGACAUGAAACAUUUCUUCAUCAUGCUCGGGAUGUUGUUCGGCGGCUUUGCUAUCGCAUUCUACGUGUUGCUGGUAAGACUGUGCCGUAUACUGGUUGUCCUGCGCGCGGAACUGCUGGUUUCCAUCUGGCAUCACGUUGCACAGCCAGCUCUUAACUUGCAUGCACCUUUUCUCCGAGACCAACCUCCCCUUGUGAUAGAUGCCAGACAUUGACUUAUUAAAUGAACUAGGGCAUAGUAGUAAAGCUGCGUUAGCACUAUACUGCGGCCGUAAAAAACACCUGGCAAGUUACCCCGAAACACUUGGCUUUGUACCUCAGAAGAAAGUAUCGGCCGAAGCCGUAGGGCUAAAGUUGAUGCUCUUUGUAAAGCAGCAAAGGCUAUUACAGUCAAGCACGCGAUCACUGCAAAACCUGCACUGACAAUUGUUGGAGCAAACACGCACUCUUGUGGCCUGUACAGUAGAUAACUUUCUAGGCCACACCAAAACGGGGCAGAAGUAUGCUAGGUCGAUUUGUUGUUGCACCCGAACCCUCAAGUUCCUUUUCCAACCACCCAUUCAUUGCCUGCUGUUAAACACUUCAACGAACACCAGCAUGAACGGUCUGAACGAUACAAUUACCCCCACGCCAAGUGCAGACAGUUCAUGUGGCCAACCCAGACGCACCAGCCCAGCCAAUGCAUGCAUUCCGACGCGCGGGCGCACAACAUACGGACAGGCCCUGAGGUCGCUUCGGUCUGGUCCUUGCGUGCACCCCCUCUGCUCCGCUCGUUUCUGCUCCUCUUCCUCUCUAACCGCUUUCCCCUUCGCUUCGCUCUCCCCGCCUUAGUAAUCUCCUCCGUUCCCCUACUUACUUGUCUGUACACCCUGGCAGGGCCGCAACGACACACCAACACACACCAACAGCUACGAGAAAGUCGCGUUCAAGCUGUUCAGUGUGAUGCUGGGCGACUGGGAUUACGACUACCUGUACGACAUGAUUCAUGAUGAGGACCAUGAGUACAACUGGUACGCCUCCCGGCUGAGCGUGCUGUUGAUGAGCGUGUACGGCAUCUUAAUGCAGAUCGUGUUAGUGAACCUGCUGAUCGCCAUCAUGAACGACACUUUCGACCGGAUCAAGGAGACGGAAGAGGUUGAGGUGCUACACAACCGUGCGCGCCUUAUUGUGGAACAGGAGUCGCUGCUUACACAGGAUAUGCGCAACAAGCUGCAGAAGCAGCUGCUGGGCGACUACCUGCACGUGCUGCUGCGGUCGGACGAUUCGUUCGAGAAGUUUAUGGACAGCUCAGAAACUGUGCAGGGCGACUGGAAGGGCCGCAUGCACGCGUUCUCA